AUGGCAAACAUCCCCCUCGAUAAGACCGUCGCCCUCGUCUCCGGCGCGAACCAGGGCAUUGGCCUUGCUGUGGCCACCAGGCUGGCAAAAGAAUAUGGAUACCAUGUCAUCAUCGGCUCACGUAAUCCGGAGGCGGGCGCCAAAGCCGCUGCCUCACUUGGGGGUUCAAGCGUGCAGCUUGACCUGAACUCGGAAGAAUCGGUCGUUGCGGCUGUCAAAAAGAUCGGCGAAACGUUUGGCCGCCUCGACGUUCUCGUCAACAACGCUGGCAUCCUCAUUGACGGCUUCAUCCCCGGCCAAAGCACCCGCGAGCUCUUCACUCAGACUUUCAGCACAAACGUUACCGGUACCGCCUGUCUGACUGAGGCUCUGCUGCCCCUCCUCCGCAACUCCAGCUUGCCCCGCGUUGUUUUCGUCUCGUCGCGCAUGGGCUCACUCGCAGAGGGCACCAAUAGAGAUAUGCCCUUCUUCAACUGGGACUUCAAGGCCUACGACUCUAGCAAGGCCGCUGUUAACAUGAUCGCCCUCAACUAUGCUAGGCUGCUCGAGGAUGUUUGCGGCCUUGUCAACGUUGCUUGUCCCGGCCUAGUCAGCACAAAAUUGAACAACCACAACCCAGACGGUGCUCCGCCCGAGAUCGGCGCGCAGCGCAUCGUCGAGCUGGCGACUUUGGGUAAAGGCGGUCCGACCGCGACAUUCUCUGACCGGGAAGGCCCGAUCCCUUGGUAAAGGAAGGCAAUUGUGUGCCGGUUGAGGGGUCGAUUUCCUUUUACUUACUGAGCGGCGAAGUAGGAGCUAGUCUGUAGGGAGCUUUCAACAAUUCAUUCUUUAGCAUGCUGCCAUUUCUAUAUCAUAGCUACGGUCACGUUAAGUAGAGAGCCCAAGUGAUCAGAUUCCGCG